AUGAUGCGCCUCGCGGCCGUCGCAUCAGCCUUUGCGGCCCUCAUCAGUCUCAUCCAGGCAACGCCAACGUGCCACCAGAAUCCCCUGACGGUGAAAACGACGAAUGGACUCAUCACCGGCCAUCCCGCAUCAAAUACCUCGACGGUACUCGAGUUCCUAGGCAUCCCCUACGCAAAACCCCCAACCGGCGCCCUUCGCUUCGCGCCGCCUGAGAGGUUCACCGACAAUGGCACCUACACCGCGUCCAACUUCGGCUUCGACUGUCCACUCUCGCCGUCACGCAGAGUGGACUACCCCGAUAUGACACCCCAAGCACAGCGAAUCAUCGCAUACUUCGCCUCGGGGUCCGGAACACCUCAGCACGAAGAUUGCCUUACUUUGAACAUCUGGUCGCACCCUUCUCCAAAAUCCGAAUCGGCAAAGAAACCAGUGAUCGUCUUCUUCUACGGCGGACGCUUCGCAAUCGGCAACACAAACAGCCCCUUCUACAACGGCAAAUACUUCGCCCAGGCCCAAGACGUCGUCGUCGUGACGGUAAACUACCGCGUCAACAUCUUCGGCUUCCCCGGCGCCCCGGGACACCCGCAGAACCUCGGCCUGCGAGACCAGCGCGCCGCGGUGGAGUGGCUCCGCGACAACGUCGCCGGUUUCGGCGGGGAUCCGGACGGUAUCACCAUCGCGGGCCAGUCCUCCGGGGGCGUGAGUGUCGAUUACUGGGCGUACGCGUACGGGGAUGAUCCGAUCGUGAAGGGCCUGAUCGCGCCUUCGGGCAACGCGUUUAGUUUCCCGCUGAAUAGUCCGGAGAUGCCGGCGCGGAAUUGGGAUGCGGUUGUCGAGGCUGUGAACUGCACGGGAGGCGAGGAUGUGAUGGGUUGUAUGCGUGAGAGGAGGUGGGAGGAUAUCAAAGCCGCCGCUGCUGCUGUAAGGCCGACGGCGAGUAGUAGCGUCCUCCGAUCCAUCCCGUCUUUCUAUCCCGUGGUCGACAACGAGAUUGUAUUCCCUGACUACGUAUCUCUCACCCAAUCCGGGAACUUCUCCAAGCUCCCCAUCUUAUUCGGAAACAACGACAACGAGGACGGCUACUACAGAAUCCCCGCCUACGCCAACGGCAUCGUCCCGACCCCGGCGCAAGUGACCUCCUUCCUCCUCGAAUCCUUCACUUGUCCCAACACGUACCAAGCCUCCGCCCGCCUCGCGCAGGGCGUGCCCGCCUGGGUCUACCGCUACUUCGGCGACUGGGACAACACGCGCCUCUUCCCGACCAGCGGCGCCUACCACGGCGUCGACCUGCACAUGGUCUUCGGGGCGUCGGGGGACGUGAGCGGGAUCCCGCCGUCGGGGCCGCAGAGGCGGAUGACGGAGCUGAUGCAGCGCGCGUGGGCGGCGUUCGCGGGUGAUCCUGAGAAAGGGCUGAGUGAUGUUCUCGGGUGGCCUAGGUUUGAGCCGGAAGAGGAGUCGUUGGUGUUGUUGGCGGAGGGGAAUGAGCCCGGGGCGAGGUUUGUGAGGCCUGGGGAGUAUGAUGGGCCUUGCUCGACUGUUACUAUGGGUGCUCUGGCGACGGCGACGCCUUCGUGA